AUGACCGCUGUGGCCGCCGAGAAGGACUUGGCGGAUCUCAGCCUGAAAGACGGCGCUGGGUCUGUCUCGAAGCAAAACGGAACAGACGCACACAAUGGAACCAAUGGCGACGUAGAAGGCGGAGAAUCCGACGAUGACGACGCGGACGACGGCGAGCAGAAUGGAGCAGCAGGCGGAGAGGGUGGUGAGGGGGCUGCGAAGAAAAAGAAGAAGAGGAAGCCACGCAAGAAGAAGAAGGCCGGCACAGGUGCGUCGGGCGGAGGAGCCAAGGCACAAACAUCUCCACCAACCAAAAAGGUGUCGGAUCUGUUCCCGGACGACUCGUAUCCGGUCGGCGAAGAAGUGGAAUACAAGAACGACAAUGCAUAUCGAACAACAAGCGAGGAGAAGAGACAUCUGGAUCGCAUGAACCAGGACUUCCUGACAGAAUAUCGGCAGGCCGCAGAGGUACAUCGGGAGGUGCGGAAAUAUGCGCAGAAGACAAUCAAGCCGGGCAUGACGUUGACUGAGAUUGCCGAAAUUAUUGAGAAUGGCACGAGAUCCCUGACUGGUCAUAAUGGAUUAGAAGAGGGCGACAACUUGAUCGCUGGCGUGGCUUUUCCAACUGGCUUGAGUCUGAACCACUGCGCUGCGCAUUACACCCCCAACGCCGGAAACAAGAUGGUUCUGAAGGAAGAAGACGUCAUGAAGGUCGAUUUUGGAGUCCAUGUGAAUGGAAGAAUUGUCGACAGUGCGUUCACUAUGGCCUUCCAACCGCAAUACGACAAUCUGCUCGCUGCCGUCCGGGACGCCACCAACACCGGUAUUCGGCUCGCUGGUAUCGAUGCACGACUCGGAGAGAUUGGUGAGGGUAUCCAGGAAGCCAUGGAGUCCUAUGAAGUGGAGAUCAACGGUCAGACUUACCCCGUCAAGUCUAUCCGCAAUUUGAACGGCCACACCAUUGGGCACUACAGUAUCCACGGCGGCGCUGCAGGGAAGUCUGUGCCCAUCGUCAAGGGUGGCGGCAACGAAAGGAUGGAAGAAGGCGAGGUCUACGCCAUUGAGACCUUCGGCAGCACAGGAAAGGGCAUCGUCCGCGACGACAUGGAAACCUCUCACUACGCCAAGAUCGCGGAUGCACCCAAAGUCGCGCUGAGAGUCGCAUCUGCCAAGGCUCUCCUGAAGUCUAUCGACAAGAACUUUGGUACUCUGCCUUUCUGUCGGCGUUAUCUCGACCGUCUCGGCCACGAGAAGUACCUCCUCGGCUUGAAUAAUCUCGUCCAAAGCGGUAUUGUACAGGACUACCCCCCACUCUGCGAUGUCAAGGGAAGCUACACCGCGCAAUACGAGCACACCAUCUUACUUCGGCCGAACGUGAAGGAAGUGAUUAGUCGUGGUGACGACUACUAG